CAACACUAGUGAGGUCGGUUGGGUGGUUGGGUUAGUGGGGGUGUAUUAUGAAAAUGAACGAUGUGGAGUCAUUGUACAAUGCUGCGUAAAAAGCAGUAAAAAAAAAUCUCGUCGUACCCAGCACAUGAAAUCCAAAAUGGGCGGAGCAGGAUGUAUACGGAACGUUUUUUGCUUUCUCCUAGCAAUAUCGGUUUUCGCAGCUGUUGCCGAUGCUCAAUAUGAAGACGUACGAUGUAAGUGCAUCUGUCCGAGCACCGCCGUCGUCAGCGGGUCGCAAACCAACAGAAAGCUGUACAUCAUGAAUGUAUCACCAAGACGCUGCGACUGUGAGGGUGUAGUCCUGCCGCAGGCGACCGACAUAAAAGGUCGCGAGAGCGAGUUCUGCCCGCGAUGCAAGUGCCGCUACGAGCGUCGUAACACCACCACUAUUCGGGUGCUGGUGAUCCUCAUCAUCUGGGUCAUCUCGCUCCUCACUGUCUACAUGCUCUUCCUCAUGUGCUUGGACCCUCUCCUCAACAAGCACAAAGCUGCUUACCAGGAACAUGUCAACGAAGAAGUCAGCCUGGAGGCUCCGCCGGCGAUACAGCAGCGCACUCGUCGCUCGAGCAGCAGCGUCCUCAACAAGGUUGGCCAACAGCAGGACAAGUGGAAACGCCAGGUGCAAGAACAGCGGCGGAACAUCUACGACAAGCACACGAUGCUCAACUGAGCUGCCAUUACGUUGCAGCGACGUUAAUGGUAACGGCAACUACACCCAUGCAAUCUCUGGACUGUGUUUCGCAUCAAGGCGACGCACUUUUCGUGUGUACGACCUUUGUAAAUUAAUUUUUGUCGUGACUACGCCGAAUGUAGAUUUUCAAUUUAUAUUAAAUUUAUGACGCACGUC